AUGAACAGGGGCGCGUCCCCGUCGAACCACCUCGCCGUCCCCGUCGGUGGGAUAAGGCAGCCAGCGCUGCGGCUCCUCGGUUCCCUCUCCCACUCGCCCCCCGUUCUCCCAGAUCUCCGCCCCACUCCCGCCCCGGAUCCGAUCGAUGCAAUGUCUGUGCAUGAUUCUAACCAAUCCAGUGUGAUAAACCUAACCACGGGGGCGAUCUCAUGCAAUGAAGUAGAAAAUGGUAGUGCUAUUAUUGAUUGGUCAAGUCUUGUGAUUGAACCAGAAAAUGAUGGAGAUGAAAAACCGCCGGACGAGAAAGCCAUGUUUGCUCUGUUUGGUUUAAAAACAGAACCGGAUGAGAGAGGAACUGAGCUUCGUUCUAUUGCCGUUCCUACUCCUGAUGUGGAGUCUGACUUACAUGAUAUCAAAGAUGCAGAUAUUGUUGUUGAUGAUAAUGCUCCAGAGGAGCCACUUAUUGCCUGGGAUGAACGAAACCCAGCCAUGGAUAUAGGGACACCUUAUCCUAACAUGGUUGAAUUUAGAAAGGCUUUAAAACAGUGGGCUGUCAAUGGAGAGUUUGAAUAUGGCACAAAGAAAAAUGAGCCAGGGAGGUUUCGUGCUUUUUGCAAAGGUCAAUCCAUAAUAGGUGACCCUUGCAAAUGGGCUUUAACUGCUAGUUGGCGAAGGGAUGAAAAUUGCGUGAUGGUUGUGAGGCACCAAAUGGAGAAAGAAUGAUGCCACUUGUAGCAGUCCUGGAGCUGUCACAAGAAGCCAAGCUGCAGCUCAAGCUAGUCCUGGACCUGUCACAAGGAGCCAAGCUGCUACCCCACCACCAAAACCUCCAGCAAAAGGAAAGAAGAAGAAAAUGACACCUAAGAGGAAGAAAUUAAGCGACCUGUGAGCUUGUUUGUGGUUGUGAUGAACUCGGCUGUGGGUGGAGACUCACUUUUAUUGUUGUGUAUGUGAGGUGCAAACUCACUUUUAUUUGCUUUGUAUGUGAGGUAGAGACUCACAUUUAUUUUGCUGUGAGGUAAAGACUCACUUAUUUUGCUAUCAUGAAGUCCUAUAUGUGAGGUAAAGACUCACUUAUUUUGCUGUCAUGAAGUCAUGUAGAACAUGGCUGAAUUAUUCUCUAUGCUAUCAUUGAAUCAUUGUGACCCUAUAUUAU